GGCGUCUAUUUUUAGAUACGGACUCCUGUGCGUAAUGCAAAGUCAUGUUUGCAAAUAAUGCUAAGUCAUCACUUGUGCGGACCUGCAUAUGAACACAAAGCCCUGUAAACAUCAUCAGCGGACGUGCAGGGGCAGUGCUUGAGUUCUGAACGAUGGUGUCGGUGUUGCAAGUUGCUGUGGUGGUGUUGGGUGUUGCCAUUGCAGUGUUCCUAUUCUACCCUCCACCUCCGUUUUCUCAAAGACUGUUGUCAUGGAAACAGAGAGGCAAACUAUACAAACAUAAUGACCUGGAGGUAUUCUAUAUUGAUGAGGCAGGCAGUGGGAAAGGAACCGUCUUCUGUCUACAUGGUUUCCCAACAUCCAGCUAUGACUGGAUCAAGAUUAUGCCAUACCUGAAGGAUCAGUUUGCUCGUGUUGUCCUUGUGGACUUCCCAGGCAUGGGCUUCAGUGAGAAACCGGGAGACUACAACUAUUCCGUAUUUGAUCAUGCAGACGUGGUAGAAGGGCUGGCACAAUCCUUGGCAAUUUCCUCAACACACAUCCUGGCACAUGACCUUGGCGACACGAUAGCACUGGAGCUUGUUGCAAGAUACAAGGAAAGACUGGAGAGAUCGGAGACAGGGCUGGUCCUGACAUCAUUAUGUUUGACCAAUGCUGGACUCUUCCCAGGGAAAUUCUAUCCACGACUAGUUCAGAGGGUUUUUCUGAUUCCGGUUAUUGGCAGAAUCGCAGCAAGAUUUUCGUUUUUCUGGCUCUUCAGAAACGGAGGAUUCGGAGAAGUAUUUGGAACCAAGCCGACGUAUGAAGACUUUGAGGAUUUCUACGCUGCUAUCAGAUACCGAGAUGGUAAUAAUGCUCUGCCAGGUGUUCUUCACUUUAUCAAGGAGAGAUAUGAAAAUGAAGACAGAUGGGUUCAUGGCAGUCUAAAAGCAUCACCCAUUCCAGUGCUGAUGGUGUAUGGCCCUGCUGACCCAGUCAAUCCUUCCUCGGUGUUUCCAGAUCAGUUCAGGAAAAUCGUACCUCAACACAAGCUGGUUGUCCUAGACAAAAGCAUCGGCCAUUUCCCAAUGUGGGAGGACCCGGACAAUACAGGAAGGAGUUAUAUAGAGUUUAUUAAGGGGCUGAGGUCCAACAAGCCCAAACAUUGAGGGGUUAUAUCAUAAUUCAUUUGACAAACAAUAAAAAGAUUCCCCUUUUCUUGCCAAAUAUAUGUCAAAGUUAUUGAUAUCAGAUGUUUUAUGAUCACUCUGAUUCAAAACCCUGUCUGUCAAGACCCGAGAGGUAUACACUUGAGGGGUGUUUGGCAAUAAAACGGGUGUCCUGGUGUGGCCAUGGAACAAACAACAAGUAAAAUAACAUGCAUGUUAUUGGUGUUGAAACAGUGAUUGAGUGCAGUUAAUCUUACAUGGAAUGUCCAAACAUUGAUUGUGUCUUCCAGAAAAGAAAUAUCAGCUAAAUUCAGACAUGUGUCAAGUUAUUUAGUUUCAAUCAUUUCAACCAUACGCUUUUACAUCAGAUUGCACUUGCAGUGGGUAUUAUGUGCGUCCAUUUACGAUUUUGUUGCAUAUAAUAUGUAUCUAAAGCCUCCAGGGACUUCUCCCAUGCAAGGGGUUUAGCUGGCUGUAAAGGUCACCCUUGCUGAACUGGGCUGGAGUUAUGACGUUAAAUUUUGGCCGGAAUUACGAGUCUAUGUGUAGUCAAAUCAAACGGCGUCUGCCGUGCAGUUUUUAGUCGAUUGCAGGAUUUUCAGAGCAUUUUUACACAUAGCUUGGCGUCAAGGCAUGUUCAAAAUCUCUCCAUGUUUUGUAAUCAAGGUGCUCAAGUGAUUUGAUGCACAUCGCAAGGUGAGAACUAUUUUAUUACAAUUAAGAUCUUGAUUAUCGUUUAGAUCGUCUUGACUUGGUGCCACCAUUUUGUUUGGAGCAAAUGCAAGUGAUAUGAGAGGUGGAAUCGGAUUGGUCAAUAAGAGGGACAUAACUUAUAAUAGCCACUGGUGGCGCUACGAUCGAGCACUAAAUUCCAGCCUUGUUCGGCAAGGGUCGAAACUGGACUUAGAUAAUCUAUUUUGGUUUCUAUAUUUCAGCAUGAGUAUGCCACUCAGGAUACAAAGGCAAAUGUAUUUCAGCUUCUGAAAGGGGAAUAUAUGGUAAAUAGUGCUUCUUCGUUUCCCAGGUGUCUUGUUGCGCAGUGCUUUGUUUACUCAAAUGAAGGGUUAUCUCCCUUGAUUACAAUUGAUUUGUGCUUCUCUUCGAUACCAACAGUUUGUGAAUCGUUCAGUUGUCAUGGUUACAUAUGACAACUACAUCAUUGAAAGAGGAUAACAAUGAGUUUUCCAGUUGAACUUCGUUAUCUCAAAUAGGUAGAUUUGUGUGAUUGUUUUUGAUGAACUCAACCUGCUUAUUUUGUUGUUUGUAAUGAGUUGCAAAGUAUUUCGUUUUAUUGUAAUUGCAGACAUGUGAUAUACAUUUAUAAAUGAGCCUUAAUUGCUCCCUUAUUAAUUCAUCAGAUUUACAAUGAUUGUUUUAUAUUUUUUAUGUUUACAUAAACAAGAAUAAAUCAUUCAAUAUUUUAGCACA